UGGUGUCACAUGGUCUCAUUUCUGCUGAACAAGACAACAUAAUGGAGGUCCGACAGCUCCUUGCUCUGUUCUUAUUGUUCUUCUCAUUGACAUCAGCGCAGCGUCCGAACAUCGUGUUCAUUGUGGCUGAUGACCUUGGCUGGAAUGAUGUUGGUUUCCGGAAUCCCGACAUGAAGACCCCAAACUUCGAUAAACUGGCCACAGAGGGAAUCAUCUUCGAAAAUGCAUAUGUCCAGCCUCUGUGCAGCCCAUCUCGUACCGCCUUUAUGAGUGGGAUGUUUCCAUUCCACGUUGGCAUGCAGCAUAAGACUGUGCUCCAUGGCCAAGCAGUGUGUGUGCCCCUCAACUAUACCUUCCUGCCCCAGGAACUGAAGAAACUCGGCUAUGCUACGCACAUGAUAGGAAAAUGGCAUCUGGGUUUCUGCAAGUGGGAGUGUACACCGACGUACCGAGGCUUCGAUACUUUCUUUGGUUAUUAUAAUGGAGCUGAAGACUACUUCAAUCACACUGUUGCAGAGAAGUACUUGGAUUACAGGGACAAUCAGCUUCCAGCAAGAAACUAUUCUGGGGAAUAUUCUGCUUUCACAUUCGCACAGAGAGCCGUUGACAUCAUCCAUCGACAUAAUGUAUCACAGCCUCUAUUUAUGUAUCUCCCUUAUCAGAAUGUACAUGGGCCUAUUGAGGUGCCCAAGAAGUACGAGGACAUGUAUCCGAACGUGAUUAACAAAGGGCGAAGAAAGUUUAGUGGCAUGGUGUCUGCCCUAGAUGAGGCAGUUGGAAAUGUUACCCAGGCCCUGAAGGAUCGGGGCUUGUUUGAAAAUACUCUGAUUCUAUUCACCACAGACAAUGGAGGUCAUAUGAAAAUGUUCGGCAGCAACUGGCCUCUGAGAGGAGGAAAGUACACGAUCUGGGAAGGGGGCACCAGGGGGACAUCCUUUAUGUAUGGUGCUGGGCUCCAAAAGACAAGGACGACCUACGAUGGGAUGAUCCACGCCGUCGACUGGAAACCGACUUUAGUGUCUGCUGCUGGGGGAACACCAGCAACUACCAUUGAUGGAAUAAGUCACUGGGAUUCCAUUCGAAACGGGCUUCCUUCAUCAAGGACAGAGUUCAUUUACAACAUUGAUGACUUUCCAGUUCCGACUGAAGGCCAUGCUGGAAUAAGAGUAGGUGACUACAAGCUGAUCCUCGGGUUCCCAGGAGGUCCUGAUGGCUGGCACAAACCCAUGAACGGAACCAAGGAUGACAAAUAUGAAGAGACAGUUUACACCGCUGGUGAUGAACCAGUCCAUCUCUUCAACAUUCGAGAGGAUCCUACCGAGCACAACGACCUUGCACAGCAGAUGCCGGACAUGGUGGCGAAGUUGCGUGCCCGGUUCGAGGAAUACAAGAAGACGAUGGUGCCAGCUAAUUUCCCUAAACCGGAUCCUGCAUCUGAUCCCAGAAAAUAUGGAUACGCUUGGACCCCCGGGUGGUGCUGAUCAGAUUUGCUCGUGUCAGUAUAUUAGUAUGAUGUGCAUAUUAGUAUAAUAGUGUAAUGUGUAUUUCGUACGUGCACAAUAAACGAAAAUUUGUCACGAAUCAA